AUGGGUUUGGCACUGGAGCCUCUGCACCAUCAUCGGCCACCAGAGCCACCUUCACCCUCUCCUAUUUUAUUUAAUAUAGAACCAGAUCUUAAUCUUCCCAACCGCGUUUCCGCUCGCUGUCAUUUUCCAUCUAAAAGGAGAAGGCUGACACCCACCACCCGCUUCUUCCAGGCAUCUGGAGGCUGGAGCUGGAAGGAUCGGGUCUCUCCGGCCGGCCGUCGGUCCUCCUGGCCGUCUGUCCUCCCCGCCGUCUCCUCCUCCAGCCCUUCCGCGGCCGCCGCUCCACUUCGGGAGAAACUUGUGCGUGCAGGCCGCGUCCCGCGGCGCGGAGGACACGCCCAGCCCGGGGAGGGGCGGUGCGCGCUUGUGACUCACGGCCGCGCGAUCCGCCUUUUGUCUCCAGGAUGCCGGGGCUGCGGGGUUCGGGCCUCCGCGGGUCAUUUGAGGAGGAGAGAAGGUGAACAGAUCCGGAAUGAGGCUUCUCUCCGCGCGCCCUCCUCCCCCCCGGCGGCGCGCACCGUCAAGUGCGUGAACCGCAACCUGACUGAGGUCCCUGCCGAGCUGCCCGCCUACGUGCGCACGCUCUUCCUCACUGGGAACCGCCUGGAGGAGCUGCCCGCCGGCGCCUUCUCCCGCCGGCCGCCGCUGGCCGAGCUGGCAGCGCUCAACCUCAGCGCCAGCCGCCUGCACACGGUGCGCGCCGGCGCCUUCCAGUCCCUACCGGGCCUGCGGCAGCUCGACCUCAGCCACAACCCCCUGAGCGACCUCAGCCCGCUGGCCUUCGCGGGGGCCGACGCGGGCGCCCGCGACCCGGCGCCCCUGGAGGAGCUGAUCCUGAGCCACGUGGCGCCCCCGGCGCUGCGCGGCCUGCGCCGCCUAGAGCUGGCGGGCAACCGCCUGCUGCACCUGCCCCGGGACCUGGGCGCGCUGCUUCCUGGCCUGCGCCACCUGGACCUGCGCAACAACUCGCUGGUGAGCCUGGGUGCCGGCGCCCUGCGCAACCUGAGCCUGCUAGAGAGCCUGCACCUGGAGGACAACGCGCUGAAGGUCCUGCACAACGCCACGCUGGCCGAGCUGCGCGGCCUGGCCCGCCUCACCCUCUUUCUGGACGACAACCCCUGGGUGUGCGACUGCCACAUGGUGGACAUGGUGACCUGGCUCCAGGAGACCGAGGCGGUGCGCGGCAAGGCCCGACUCCGCUGUGCGUUCCCGGAGAAGAUGCGGGAUCGCCGCCUCCUGGAGCUCGACGGCGCCGACCUGGACUGCGACCCCAUCUUGCCGCCCUCCCUGCAGACAUCCUACGUCUUCCUGGGCAUCGUGCUGGCCCUCAUCGGCGCCAUCUUCCUCCUAGUCUUGUACUUGAACCGCAAGGGGAUUAAAAAGUGGGUGCACAACAUACGGGACGCGUGCAGGGACCACAUGGAAGGCUACCACUACCGCUACGAGGUCAGCGCAGACCCCCGGCUCACCAACCUCAGCUCCAAUUCGGACGUGUGAGCGCCGUCUCCCCGGGGCGCGCGGGAGGGACCGACGGACGGACGGACAGACGGACA